AUUCCAGAAACGAAACAAAAACGAAAAUAACGUUUCAGUGAUUUCAGUGGAGGUUAUAAUAAGAUAAAUAAGAAGAAAGCUAGAUUUCUAAAUAUUCGAGCAGAUCACUAGAUUUAUGUAGUAGACUAUAGAGUCUAGAUCUAAUCUAGAUGCCUUUCAAAUGUCUCAGCAUAUAUCACGUGUAAGGGCCCUUUAUAAAGGCCUAUUAAAACUUCACAGAGGGCUGCCAUUAGAGUUUCAGGCUCUGGGUACACAGUAUGUCAAAGAAGAGUUUCGGGCCCAUAAAAAUAUUAAGCAAGCUGAAGCUGAAAUAUUUCUUCAUGAAUGGACAAAGUACUAUGUAACGCUUGCUGGGCAAUUAUCCAAAAGGAAAAAAAAACAGGAGAUUGGAAUGUAUCUUUCUCCUGAAAUGUUGGAUAAUUUCUCCCAAGAACAAUUAGGUCAGCUGUAUGAGUUGUUUCAAGAGACUACAAGGAUGAGCUCAAAGGAAGCAAAAGGAAAUAACAAUCCAUAGCAAGUUAUGUACAAGACUGCACAUAAUUUAUGAUAAUUUUUUGGGCUAAGUCUGUGCCCACUAAAUGUGCAGGGUUCACUUGAGCAAAGUGUAUGUGACAAUGAUUUUGUAAGUCAAGUGACAGAGGAUCCAUUACUUCCUAUGUACAUGAUUGUGAUGAAAACUUUAAUAAUCUGUUUGUCCAAUUACUAACUGAUGCUAGUACUGAAGUAGAGGAACUAUUUGUCAGCUUUUUCUUGAAGCAAUUUUGAUUACCUAUCCAUUGGUAAAGUAAAUCUAAAGAGGAACAAUUAUGUACUAGGUAAUGCAGCAUUAUAUGCAGAAAUGUAGUCUUGGCAGUAGUUUAUAAUAUAAAUUGGGGGGUAAAGUACCUGAUAUGGAUUUCUAAUAUACGGGUAUUUUUAAAACAUUUUUAAAAUCCAUUUUUACACAAAUUUAUAAGGAAAAAUGUCAGAUUUGUAAAUAAAGAUUAAAAUGUAUUAAAACUCUGAAUAGACAUCAGUCUUUCUUUUUAAGUUCUAUAGAAUCCAGAAAUCAUUUGCACAUUUAUGUACAAUGGUAUAUGUGGAUAAAAAAAAAAACGGAAAUUUUCAAAAUCUGUGAAGUUUGUUAUUUUUUUUUACUUAUUACCAAUGUUAACCAUUUGAUAGUCUUACAUAUGAUGAUGUGUAAAUUUCCUGUAUAUUGUUUAUAAUGUAUUUAUAUGAAAAAUUUUUUUAACAGUAAUAAAAAAAAUGCAGAUUUA